AUGGGCAUGGAACUCGCCACUUUUGGAAUGGGAUGCUUUUGGGGAUCACAGAAGAUAUUUGAUAAAGGAUUUGGAGCACUAGGAAUCAAAACUCAAGUCGGUUACGCUGGUGGCAAAACUGCCAAUCCCACAUAUCGCCAAGUAUGCUCUGGCGAUACCGGACACGCCGAAGUAGUCCAAAUCGAAUACGAUCCAGCCAAAGUUGAAUAUGCUACCUUGGUAGAUUUCUUUUAUCGCACACACGAUCCCACCACACUCAACCGCCAAGGAAAUGAUCGCGGCACCCAAUACAGAUCCACCAUAUUCUACCACAACGAUUCACAAAAGAAGAUUGCUGAACAAGUUACUGAAAAGGUGAAACCGCAUUAUGGUCGUCAUGGAAUUGCUACAACCAUUGAGCCUAUCGGAUCGUAUUUCAGUGCUGAGGAUUACCACCAAGAUUAUCUGGUGAAGGAGCCUCACGGUUAUGAAUGUCCUACACACUUCAUUCGCUCGUGGGAAAAGAUUGAUCAAAUGUAUGGAGGUGGUCCACAAACAUCACUCUAA